AGAUUUGUUGUCGUGUGUUAACUUUUUAGAAAUUGAAAUGAAUUACAUGUGCAGAAAUAUUUAUUGGGUUGUUUAUGUUUCAGGAAAUAAUGGUUUGUUUUGUGGAACUCCCCCUCAGCGUGUGUGCGUGAUGGUACAGUCUCAAACUGCACGAAUGAAUUCAGGCGAGAUGAAUUCACAGUGUAUGGAGAAGGAUUGAUUAAUGGUGCAGUCCCUGGUCGGAAUGUGAUUUAUUUAAUGUGUGAUUUAUUUAAAUAACACAAAAGAGUGACAGUUUACAGACGGGGAUACGUGUAAACGUGGCGUCGUUGUUUGUUUGUUUAAUGAAGACGCAGGAACAAAAGUGGUGAAACGGAUGCAAAACCCGGAUGGCUGCAUGGAUGGAUGGCGUCGAGCUGCCAACAAAUUCUCCAUCGCAUCCUGUGUCCAGGUCAGAGAAAGAGCAGCAUCAUCCCAGCCGAGGAGCAUGAAUCCCACCAUGACUACACGUUCAUGCAUUUAGUAAACUGUGCCUCUGACCGACUUUGACAUUUUGUCUGUUGGGACACACUGUUCAGCUGGAGGUGGAGCUUCACAUCCUGCUGGUGAAGAAAAGAAAUCAGCAGCUGAUCAUUAUAGUGUAGGUUUGAAGUGCACACACCAGGACACCAACAUGGACCUAAAUGACAGCAGGUCGUUAUCCGCGCUCAUGGCCCAGUAUGAAGGCACUGAAACCGGAUUCGGAGUGCCUAAGGAUGGCUGGAGGAUCUGCCUGGCGCACGAGUUCAAGGAGAAAAGAAAACCCUUCCAGGCUAAAGACGUGUCCUUAUCCCACAUCAUGCAGCACAUCGGCCUGGGCUUCAGGUAUUUAAAAUGGUGGUACCAGAGAACCCAGAUUGAGAAGAAAGCACCCUUUAUAGAUAUAUUCAACGCUUUGCCUCUGAGGCAGAUUUAUGGUGCCCCCCUGGGUGGAAUUGGUGGAGGAAGCAUUACACGUGGUUGGAAGGGGGAGUUCUGUAGGUGGCAGCUUAACCCGGGAAUGUACGACUACAAAACAGUCAUUGCUGACCAGUUCACAGUAUGCCUACGUAAGGAAGGUCAAACAAUCUAUCAGCAAGUGUUGUCCACCGAUCAUCCUCACACACUACAGGACUGGAACUGGGGUUACUGCGGUGCGUUUGCAUUCUACCAUGCGCUCUAUCCUCGAGCAUGGACCGUCUACCAGCUGCCUGGCCAGAACGUCACGCUCACGUGCAGGCAGGUGUCACCUGUCAUUCCGCACAACUACAAGGAUUCAAGUUUUCCGGUUGGUGUGUUCGUGUGGGAUAUAGAGAACAAGAACGACUAUGCACUGGACGUCACAAUCAUGUUUACCAUGGCCAAUGGAUCAGGCCACAAAGAUGAAAAAUGUGGGGGCCACUGGAACGAACCAUUCCGUUUGGAAAAAGAGCACGAGUCAGUGUCAGGGGUUUUGCUUCACCACUGCUCAUCAGUGAACCCGUACACACUGUGUAUGGCAGCUCGAGAACAGUCCAACAGAAAGAUCACCCACCAGACUGCAUUCAGUCCUAAUGACACUGGAAAGGCCGUUUGGAGUGACCUGAUGAGUGACGGCCAGUUAGACUCACCCAACGACUCCAGCCGUCCAACUCUGAGAGGAGAGACGGUGGCAGCAGCACUGGCAGUGGGCUGUUCUGUGCCUGCUCAUGGACACAACAGCCUAGAGUUCUGCCUGGCCUGGGACAUGCCAAAGAUUACUUUUGGUUCGAGGGAAAGGGAGCACAUCCGACGUUAUGCACGUUACUAUGGUACCGCAGGAGACGCGGGUCCAGGUCUUUCGCAUUAUGCUCUUACACAUUACAAAGACUGGGAGAAGGACAUUGAGGAUUGGCAAAGACCCAUUCUGGAAGAUGGUUCUCUGCCUUCCUGGUAUAAAUCAGCCUUGUUUAAUGAAUUAUACUUCGUUGUGGAUGGGGGGACGGUGUGGGUGGAGCUUCCUGAGGACUGUGAUGUUAGUGGAGGGCUUCGUCCAGAAGACGGUGGUCUUCCUGCACAGCCCCCAGUCCUCAAGGAAUACGGGCGCUUUGCCUAUUUAGAGGGUCAGGAGUACAGGAUGUACAACACGUAUGACGUGCACUUCUAUGCCUCCUUCGCACUUAUCAUGCUCUGGCCCAAACUGGCAUUGAGUCUACAGUAUGAUAUUGCUGGCAGCGUGGUACAGUAUGACCCCACACAAAGGGUGAAUCUUAUGGAUGGGCAUUGCUCACCAGUUAAGACCAGGAAUGUAGUACCUCAUGAUAUUGGAGACCCAGAUGAUGAGCCUUGGCAACGUGUCAAUGCCUAUCAAAUUCACGAUACCGCAGACUGGAAAGACCUGAACCUGAAGUUUGUUUUGCAAGUGUAUCGUGACUACUACCUAACUCAAGACCUGCAGUACCUAAAGGACCUGUGGCCUAUCUGCCAGGUGGUAAUGGAGACUGAAAUGAAGUUUGAUAAAGAUGGGGACGGCCUAAUAGAAAAUUCUGGCUAUGCUGACCAGACAUAUGAUGGGUGGACAGUAACGGGACCCAGCGCAUACUGUGGGAGUCUGUGGCUGGCUUCAGUUUGUGUGAUGUGUAAAAUGGCACGACUUCUGAAAAGUGACUCUGUGUAUGAGCGCUACAGAGACGUCUUGAAUCGAGGCAGCGCCGCCUUCGAUAAACUUUUGUGGAAUGGCAAGUACUAUAACUAUGACAGCAGUGGUCGCAGUAUGUCCAACAGUGUGAUGUCUGACCAGUGUGCAGGCCAGUGGUUCCUCAGGGCAUCUGGAUUAGGAGAUGAUGAGUUUGAGGUUUUCCCUAAGGAGAAGAUCCUCACUGCACUGAAAACUGUGUUUGAUUUGAACGUGAUGAGCUUUGCAAAAGGGGAGAUGGGGGCUGUGAAUGGCAUGAGACCAGAGGGUGUGCCUGAUCGCUCCAGCGUUCAGUCGGAUGAGGUCUGGGUUGGUGUUGUCUAUGGACUGGCCGCUACUAUGAUCCAUGAGGGUCUGUUAGAAGAAGGUCUUCACACCGCUGAAGGUUGUUAUCGGACCGUGUGGGAGCAGACCGGAAUGGCCUUUCAGACUCCUGAGGCAUACUGUGAAAAAGGGAUCUAUCGCUCUUUGGCUUACAUGAGACCUCUCAGCAUCUGGGCCAUGCAGCUGGCCCUGGAGAAUCGACGGAACCUGAGCAAGACUAUGCAGCCAGGCAGUGUGGCGGCUCGUUCAGAGACUGAUUUACAGAAUGAACUGGUUAAAGAGAACUGUCAUUAAUGACGGUGUGUGAGGUCUUCUGAACUUUGAGAACUGUGGUGCUUCUGCUUGGGGAAAAGUUUUACAUACAGUGGAUUAACACAAAACAAAUACCACUCAGACCUGGGCUACAAUGAUAAAGGCAUUGGUUUGUGUCGAUUUGAGUUUGUUAGAGUUUCUCCAGUUAGAAUGAUGUAUUUUAGUUUAUGAUUAUCAUAUUAAUAUUUGCAUUGAGUUAUUUAAUUCUGUCGUUUAUCACUACAGUAGUCCCGCCCUCACUCUAGUUUAAUAAUACAUAUCAGAGCUGCCAUGUUCAUAUGAUUUCAAUGCUUUGAUUUAAAUUGUACUCUGGUAUAAUAUAAUUAGAGGAUAAGUUGAAAAUAUACCACGGUAGAUUAUACUUUGGGGAACAAAAGGUUCAACCCUGAGUUGGUUUUACACAUUUGAUUUAUUUGAAAGUCACUGUUUAGGUGCAUGACUAAAUGUUUCUUGAAAAAUCCAAACAUAUAUUCCCAAGAAUAUAGUAAAUGUUCAAUGGUCAGUUACAUUUUGGUCCACUGCGUAAAGUAGACAACCAAGAUGUCUUAAUACAUGUGUAGAGAUGAUUUAUCUGGCAGCCCAGUUGAGACACGCUCAAUAGCCACUUUAAUAGAUAAAACCUUCAUGCAUUUCCUGAGUGGUUAAGGGAGCUGCUAUUACUGUGUCUAACCCAUCAGUUCUUUAGCCCUCUCGUUAUUAUCCAUUGUCUAGCUUGUCUUCUUUGCAUAACCUCAGCUUGUUAUGUAGCACACAUGCCGCAGCCGACACUCAAUACCUGUAUACCUAUAAAAUGAGCUUAUGUUGCCAGUCCACACAAUCAUUUUCAUUUUCCAGGGCUUGCACAUGUGGUGCCUUGAGGGUUCCCCAGAUAUUCCCUCAGGCCCUGAGUCAGAUUCAACACUAGUGGGAGCUGUGAAGUAUCUGCUGAUAGAUCCACACAUAAUUACAUGUGUGCAGGCUGAAGUUAUGUGGUUUUGUGAAACAUUGACCAUUGAUCAGCUCUUAUAUCAACAAUCAGGUCACUGGCCAUCUUACCGUCUUUAUUUUAGGUUUUCAUGUGUAAAGUUAAAUCGUCUGAAUUGUAUAUGCACUUUGGCAAAUUAAAUUUCAAUAAGAAUUGUCUGGAAUGACUUCUGAAAACUCCUGUACUCAGGAAAAUUCGAGGGACAAAUUAACAAUAAAAAUGUAAAGAAAAAGAAAAAA